UGGUGGUUUUUGCGGGACGAGACAACCUACCAGUUGUUGCGGCUGUUUCAAGAGAGAGAGAGAGAGAGAGAGACUGUAUUCACUCAACACUUUUAAGUUUUAACCUCCCUUCUGUUUUUGAUAUUUGAUUUAAUUUAAUUAGUGAGCUGAGUUAAGUUGUUGGUUUGCCAUUGCCAAUGCCUGCUGCUUAGAGAGAGAAACAGAUAGAGAGAGAGAGAAAGAGAGAUAUGGCGACUCCAGUGAAGAAGAUGGGAUCUCAUCUUCGCUGAUUCUUGUUCUUGUGCAAUCUUACUCUUUAGUAUUACUUUAAACAUCCUAUCAGCAUAACGGUUCGGUUCUUUAGAUAGUUGCCUCUUUUGGGCUGCUUUUAAGAGAGAUCGAUGGGUUCCAGAUUCCCAUCUCAUCAGCUCAGCAAUGGCUUAUAUGUAUCGGGCCGGCCUGAGCAGCCGAAAGAAAGGACUCCGACGAUGAGCUCAGUUGCCAUGCCUUAUACUGGUGGUGACAUCAAGAAGUCCGGAGAAUUGGGGAAAAUGUUUGAUAUCCCCAUGGAUGGUUCUAAAUCUCGAAAAUCCGGUCCGCUAAAUAGUGCUCCUUCAAGAACUGGAUCAUUUGGAGGUGCCGCUUCACACUCUGGACCUAUCAUGCAAAAUGCAGCAGCUCGUUCUGCUUAUGUUACAUCAGGCAACUUAUCUGCUGGAGGCAUGUCUGCUUCAGCAUCAAUGAAGAAGACCAAUUCUGGUCCACUGAACAAACACGGGGAACCGGUUAAGAAGUCAUCUGGUCCUCAAUCUGGCGGAGUUACACGCCAAAACUCUGGUCCGAUUCCACCGGUUCUUCCUACAACUGGUCUAAUUACAUCUGGUCCACUGAAUUCAUCUGGGGCUCCAAGGAAGGUGUCUGGUCCAUUAGAGUCUACAGGAUCUAUGAAGUCACAUACUUCCUCUAUAGCUCACAAUCCAGCUGUGACCACUCUCAGCCUUGAUGAUGAGUAUUCUUUCAGGAGGAACUUCCCCAAGCCGAUAUUGUGGUCUGUGAUUCUGAUUUUUGUCAUGGGAUUCAUAGCCGGAGGUUUCAUUCUUGGAGCUGUUCACAAUGCCAUUCUCCUCAUUGUUGUAGUUGUUCUUUUUGCUGCUGUUGCCGCAUUGUUUACUUGGAACAGUUGUUGCGGGAGGAAAGCCAUUGUUGGUUUCAUUUCUCGCUAUCCAGAUGCAGAGCUUAGAACUGCCAAGAAUGGGCAAUUUGUGAAGGUCUCCGGGGUGGUUACGUGCGGUAAUGUGCCACUGGAGUCUUCUUUCCAAAAAGUUCCCAGAUGUGUAUAUACAUCUACAAGUUUAUAUGAAUAUCGAGGAUGGGAUUCAAAAGCAGCUAAUCCAAAACAUCGCCGUUUUACAUGGGGACUCAGAUCGGCAGAGAGGCAUGUGGUGGACUUUUACAUAUCUGAUUUCCAAUCUGGAUUGAGAGCUUUGGUUAAAACAGGCUAUGGUGCUAGGGUGACGCCUUAUGUCGAUGAUUCUAUUGUAAUUGAUGUCAAUCCAGCCAAUAAAGACAUGUCCCCUGAGUUUCUUCGAUGGUUAGGGGAGAGAAAGCUUUCUAGUGAUGAUCGUAUAAUGCAGUUAAAAGAAGGGUACAUCAAAGAAGGUAGCACAGUUAGUGUAAUGGGCGUAGUUCAAAGAAACGACAAUGUGCUUAUGAUUGUGCCACCGCCUGAGCCUUUGACGACCGGGUGCCAAUGGGCGAAAUGUAUAUUUCCGGCAAGCCUUGAGGGUAUUGUUUUGAGAUGUGAAGAUACCUCCAAGAUUGAUGUUAUUCCAGUGUAGUUAUGUCUAUCUUAUCCUCUCCAGUAACCUUAUAGGUAUUCUUCUCUAAAGAAAACAUUUCUUCCCAUGUCAGGAAAUUGAAGGUGGUGGUGGUGAUUGAUGUUGUUUGUAUUUUUGUAAGCAGUGUUGUUGGUUAAGUGUGAUGAUCUUUUUACCCCUUUUGAUCCACCCGCAAAACUUUUCUUUAGUUUGCUGUAUAGCUAAUGGAAAAUUCUUAUUCGUUUAUUUUUCCUUAAGGGAUUCUAUACCCUUUUAAUGGAUGUUGCUUUAUAUAGUGAGAGGUUGUAUUCAGAUGGACUUUGCUGUCUUAAACAUUGAAGGCUCUAUUUGUCAAGUAGGUAGGUGAUGAACUGAAUGAUGAAAGAAUGAGUAUAACCAACCGGCUUUAUUUUCUGCCACCCAAUGCUAGCUAUCCUUUGUAUUUUGCAAUUUUGUUUUUGUUCUUUUUCCAAACGAGUUUGUCAGGACAGAUGUCAGACAAGUCAUUGUCUCAUUGAAAAAAAAAAUCUAUGGUUUUGCUAUCUGUCCUUUGUAUUUUUCUUUUCAAAUGAAUUUGUUAGAAUGAGGACGCUGAAAAUGUAUAUUCUAUGAUAAAUUUUAUCCAAUCUUUUUUAAAAUAAUAUAUAAUGGACCUUGCUGGGCGUAUAAUGAAGGGUACAAUAUUAAAUUAUUAAUAUAAUGAAGAGUGAAACGUGUUGGUGCAUAGAAGCGUCAACAACGCGGAAAAGCCACGUUUGGGCACCGAACGGCGUCGUGUUGGUGCAAAUCACAAACGUGUCAAGGAAAGGAAGUAAACACGUGAAGCACUUACUUUCUGUUUUACUAAAUUUAAAUGGCAAUGGCCUUUAAUUUCUGUUUGCAGCGAAUUGGAUCACUAUGGAUAUUAAAAUUAAAGUGCGACGGGGCAGUGGUUUUGCUGCUUUCUUAGUGUGCAUGUUGGUAUUUUUGUGCUCUACUUGUUCCGCCAAUAACGAAGAGCAUAAUAAGAAGCAAAAACAAUGUUUGUGGAAGUGGCAGAGACCUAGAGACGCCUACAAUAUCUAUUCUGAACUCUUCACUACAAGAGUUACCCAGUAUUGGGGCUUCUUCAAGGCCCUUGCUAAUGAUGCAUAUACGCGUUUAUUUCCUCCCAACAUUGAUGAUGAUGAUGAUGAAUUGAUGACAAAAAAAUACAGUUUUAGAAGCGGAGGAGGAGUGGGAGAUAAGGAGGGAGAGGGAGCAGGGGAGAAGGUGAAAGAAGCGGUGGCAAAGAGCUUAGGAAGCAGCAAAGACACAGUGGAAGAUGCUGCCAAGUCAGCUGCAGAAAAGGUCAAGAGUACCUUCUCCGCUGAUGAUCAAAAUCAUAAAAGGAACGAGCUCUGAUUCUUCUUCGACGAAAAUUAUUCAUGCACAAUAUUAAUGUAAUGGCGGUGUGCUGGAAGAUUCUUUUUGGAAAUAUAAAAAAAAAAACCGGCUCCUCAGUAGUCACUAGCGAUCAUGGAAUGGAGGCAGACCACAAAUAA